AUGCUGAGCGUGGAGAUGUACCCCAGUUUGACUCUGGGACCACAAAGGUUUGGAGACUGCUUUUACAGAGACCGGCAGCCUCCAGCCCACAUGCCGUUGUUCCCUCCCGCCUGUGACAUGGCGGCCAAAGCCCUGCCCCAGAGGCUGCUGGCCCCUCCCCCUGUCCCCAACGAGCCUGUCACCAAAACCCCAAAAGAUGAGGUGAGGAUGGAGCUGGAGAACGCGUCCUUAUGGAAACAGUUCAGCUCGGUGGGCACAGAGAUGAUCAUCACAAAGAAGGGCAGACGGAUGUUCCCCGGGCUGAGGUUAAAGCUCUCAGGUCUGAACCCAUCUCUCCGUUACAUCCUCCUCCUGGACAUCAUCCCUGCAGACAACUCCCGCUAUCGUUUCCAAGGUGGUGGCUGGCAGACCGUUGGCGGCGCAGAGGCGAGGCUACCAGACCGUGUUUUCAUCCACCCAGACUCACCUGCCACGGGUGCUCACUGGCAGAGCCGCACCAUCUCGUUUCACUACGCCAAGCUCACCAACAACACGUUGGACACACAGGGACAUAUAAUCCUGCACUCGCUGCAUCGAUACCAGCCCAGAGUUCAUGUCAUUGAAGCCCGGGAUGUGCUGAGGUGGGGCGGGGGGCAACACUCCUUUGUUUUCCCUGAGACUCAGUUUAUCACAGUCACUGCCUACCAGAACAACAAGAUCACAGAGCUGAAGAUCAGCUCCAACCCCUUCGCUAAAGGCUUCAGAGAGGAGGGCAUGAACAGCAAAAAACAAAGAGAUGCAAGACAGAAGCGCAAAAUCUCUGUCUUGAAAGAAACUUUGGAUAUUGUGAACUGUGAUCCGUGCGACUCUACUGAGCUUCUGUCGCAGCCCACCAGCACAGACCUGCAGGCCCUCGCUCUGGCCUCUCUGCCCCAGCUGCCUGACCCCUCCUGUGGGUUCAGACCAGAGGAGGCCUCCUAUCAGGACACGCUGGUCCCUGAUCAGCCACUAGACCUCGGCCAGGCAUUCAUGGCAUCCCAGAUGUCUGAUAUCAGCAUCUCCAUGGCCAAUGGGAUGCAGAACGCACCAGGAAGUGAGGUGGCAAAUGGUAUAAUUGAAAGAUCAGACACUAUGGGUGAACAAGCUUACACCUCCACCUUCCCUGAUGCUCAGACCAACUCCUCUUUCCCCUCUGCUCCUCUCCCUCAUUCCUCCUCCUCCUUCUCCUCCCUCCCAGUCCCCAGCUCUUCGGAUACAUUGAAUCCUCAGCCCUCCAUUGCUCCUAUCGACUAUCCAUCUCUUCUCUCGACCUCCCCAACGCUCUCCUCCUCCUCCACCACUCCCUCCCUGCAGCAGACCUCCUUCACCUUUCCCACUCCGCCUCCCUCUAACUCCUCCUCGCCACAGCCACUCCUGUCCUCCUCCUCCCCCUCCGCCUAUCACACCAUGCCAGAGACGAUCAGCCCCCACACACCUACAGAGGCCUCUUUUCCUGCUCCACCUUCCACAUGUCAGCCAGGUCUUCAGGGCCAAAUAUCAGCUCAUUCUCUGCUCACCCAACCUAGUCAGCCGCUGCAGGAUGAACCUAUUACUAACGGAAAUAAUGUGCCCAGCGAUCAAAGCUCAGCAGGAUUUAUCUAUCCAAAUAUCCUUAGUGCAAAUCCUGAUCCAGUCACUACUCAGCCUCUCCCCAACCAAAACCAUCUGCCAGCUCAUAGCCUGCAGUGGCCCUUACCCACUCACAGUGCCCCUACAUCUUUUUCCUUCCCCUCUGUCCCUCCACACAUGCAAAAUAUGUCAUUUCCAAAUCCUGGUUCCGCCCAUCCUGCUUUGCACCUCCAAAACCUGAGCCACCAAGCCCAAGCUUCCUCCCUUGCUGCUGCCUUCCCUCCCUCCUCCUUCACUCACUCAUCAUCCUCCCUCUCUCACCCUCCUUUCCAGCCCUCCUCUUGCUUGGCUGUCUCCUCUUCUUUCCCGCAGUGUGCCACCUCGUUGCCGCCAACAGCCCACCCUCAAAACCUACCCAAUCCCUCCACUUCCUCCUCCACAUCCUCAUACCCUCCAGUUGAAAUAAGUGCCAUCCCUCAGUUCAAUCCUGCUGCCCCCUACCGCCCAGAGAUGGUACUGCACCACCCGUCUCUUCUCCCUCAGCUUGAUCCAUCACUUCCCUCCAGUCUUCCCUCCUCCACUCCUAACCCAGGCCUCUACCCUGCCUUUCCGUCCUAUCCCCUCCGGCUUUGUCAGGACCCUCACUCAUCCCUCUCCAUCCCAUUCAGGCAUCUGUACGACAACACCAGCAUGGCCACGCCCACCCCCAGGGGUCCUACCUGGAUAUGA